GAAUGUAUAAGACUAAGAACCCCCCAGGGGCUGGAAAGAUUCCUGUCACAUCCUGGCAGGAUUUCUGGACAUCUACAAGCAUCAAUGGAAUUGCCAAUGCCGGAGGAGAAUAUUCAGCUCUUCGGAAAUGUGUUUGGAUGCUGAUAUUUGCUAUUCUAGCAGCUCUGACAAUUCACAAUCUUGUCGGUUUCUACUUUAACCUCUACAGUUACAGUACACAAGUUCAAGUCAAAUCUCAACCAGCGGAGAAUUUUCCGUCGGUAACGAUCUGCAAUCAAAACAGGAUACGCUGCAGUAUUCUAAAGGAGCUAGACGCAAACUGCACAGAGAAUGUUUCACGAUGUCUGGAUUUUGAUUACACAAGCUUGGCCGGAUUCAUUCAAAUUCUGUGCAGUGAUCCUUUGCCACCAAAUGAGAAUGAUGGAUCUGAACCAGGAAUUACUUUCAGUACCCCUGAUCCAAUAAACCCCGGUCGGAGAAAGAGACAAACUCCUCCAAUAAAGGUAAAUUUCAUUUGGCACUAA